CAUAUGCCACAAAAUUCCUCAAACACACACAAACACCCACUCAAAAGAACGUUCCAAGAGCAACAUCCGGUGCGUCCUCCGUCAGGCCAACCUCCUUCCGCCGCAAGCGGUCUCAACCGAACCUUCGGCACCGAAAACUUCUUCUGCCGCAGGGAGCGCGUAAGCUUUCCCUGGAGGAUGGUUUUCGGUUCGCUCUGGAAACGCGGUGUCAUCUGGUAGUCAUCAGUAAUAUCAGUGCUGCCAGUGCUUCCACGUCCUAGCAGAGUAGCGUGACCCCACCCCAUUCAGGUGUUGUCGAUGUCUGAAAGAGACAUAGGGACCGAUUUCGGGAACACUCAUAGUAGCAAAACAUUCAGCACCUCAGUCCGCUGUGAGUAAGAUGCAUUGCUGUCCCAAUUUACAAAGAAUGUACAAACAAAUCUUUAAUCAUACAUUCCGAGCCUUGGCGCCCGAUCGCCAACACUCGCGCCGUAAAUGUUGCUAGUGAACUAUGGAAAAGAAGGAUUGAAUAUGGACUGUUUCUCAUAACGUUCACAAUACUGCAAACAAUAUGCUCGCCAAGACCCCCUCCGUGACGUGACGCAUUAGUUUAGAAUGGCUCCAUUCAAUGCGUCACUGAAUUCAUCCUCACCGGACGAUCGCCAUGGUUCGCGAUCCUCGUCCCGUUCGUCCUCAACGGACGGUUCCGAGUCCAAGUCUCGAUCCCGCAGCCCUUCACCUAAAGCAGCGCGAACUAAAAGCAUUAAAAAUGGCGCAGAUGGGACGACAAAAUCUGGUACUCCGAAAGCAUCUUCUGCGAAUAAGGAUAGCAAAGAUAGACAAUCGAAAUCUCCGCCUGAUCAUCAACGUCGUACAGGUUCUGCUACGCUCGCUGGUACUGGCAGUAGCAAUAGCAAGAUUGCAGUAAAAGCCAACCAAAAGGAUAGGAGAAAAUACUCCCCACCGAGGCAAGAUGCAAGCAAACGAGAUCGUAGCACUUCCCGCGAUCGUGAUCGUAAAUAUCGGGAUAAGGGGCGUGAUCGCACGCGAGAUCGCGAACGUGAGCAGCGCAAUCGGGAUCGUGAGCGCGAUCGUGAACGCGAACGCGAUCGCGAUCGGGAACGAGAACGAGAAAAGAAUCGACAGAAGGAUCGUGAGCGUAAUCGCGAUCGUGAACGGGACAGAGACCGGGAACGUGAUAGAUCUCGCGAGCGUAAUCGUUAUGAUCGCGGCGACCGUGGCGCAGGACGGGAUUCGCGUGGUGAUUACCGAGAUCAGCGUCGAGGAGGAAAUUGGAGCAAAUCUAAUGAUCGAGACAAUAGUAGACGGGACACUCGCGGUUACGAUCGAAAGGAUGAUCGAAGGGAUAAGCGUAGUGGCCGGGAUUACGAGAAGAAAGACCAUCGUAAGAAUCGCCGCUCAAAUUCACGCGAAUCACGAAACCGCAAACGAUCGUCGAGAACGCGCGACUCACGUUCUCGUUCGCGUUCCCGAUCGCGAUCAUGUAGCAAGUCAUCACCAUCGCGUGCCAGUCAACAACAAACACCGUCACAAGCUUCCCACGCCGGUGGUUUACUUCCGACACCAACCAGAUUUACGCAAAGCACCAUCUCUCCCACAAAACCACCUUCGCUGUUACCCACGCCGCCUGCCUCCCAGUCACUGCUGGGAGCGAUUCCUUCUACUGCAGGCAUACCGUCACUGAUGAGCAUCCCAACGAUACCACCAAUUGGUUCGCUAAUUCCUCCGGCCGUUGCCGCCAAACUGAACCUCUCGAACGAUUCGAAGCCCGGCCAGGUGGGUCUAUCACCGCUGGCAUCACCCGCUCAAGAUCCAGCAGUUCAGGCUAACCUGCUACUGUCCCGUAGCGCACUGCUGCGUAACAAUGCUAAAGCGGCCCAGCUGGAAAAGAUGGGCAUUGAUGUGUUGCAGCAGAAUCAGAAAGCAGUGGACAGUGUACCGCUUCCUUCGUACUACAAUCCGGGCGUCGUUAAUCCGGUCCGGUACGCCGAUCAGGUGCAGAAGCGCAAAUUGCUCUGGAGCCACAAAACUACCGAAAGUAAGGAAGUAUCCUCCAACAUUAGCAAAUGGGAGCAGGCCAAGUUUGCGCAGGACACAGACGGACGGGUAGCGUCUAAAUUUCUUCGGCUGAUGGGCGUGAAGGAUUCGGUACCAAAGGCUGGCGAAGAACAAGAAUCACCAGUACCAGCUGGUGCUCCCACAUCAUCAUCGCUAUCGGCAAAGGUAAGCUCCAGUUCCGGAAUGGCAGGGACCGGCGCUUCGAAUGGUGGUAAAUCGACGGGAGAUAGUAUUAAGAAGCAGGAAGAGCUCUUCUCAACGAUGGAGCAACAGUACGAGGUAGCUCGACAGGUGACACAUACAAUGCGUGGCGUGGGUCUUGGCUUUAGCUCCCAGGCUCGUCAGUUCUAAUUUUCUGAGACCAUUGCAGCGUGUCCGGUCGGUGUGUUUUCGGUAGCCAUUAGCUGUAUAGUUUAGCGGACAUAGUUCCUCGUGGGGGGACAUACGCAGCUAAAGCAUCAUAAAUGAAUAAACGUGAAGCCU